AUGAGAAAUCGAAGCAUCCAAUGCAAAUGUUUUCCACCUUCCACAUGCUCACAUGGGGUCUCCAAAUGCAAUUCCAGUGUGGGAUGUUUUUAUUCUUCUCAGACAAACUGGUUGGGCCAGCUAAUCUUCGAACACUACGGCUGUCUGUCCAGUAACGCCCAUCGGAUAUUCACUUGUAAUAUUCCUUGUUGUAGCGUAACUUGCUGUUUUCCAUCCAACUCAACUGAUUUUUGCAAUGCUAAUUAUACAUUCUCCAGGCGUUACUAUGACAGUGUCUUGGUUUUUUCACCCGUCCUCUUGCUGGCAUUGUGCGUCAUUAUUGUAGUAAUAGCACACAUACACUUCAGAGAAUGUUUUGGUAAAUGCGGGAGAUCCUUAGCUGCUGGCCAAUCUUCGACUUCCUGUCUCCCAGAUUUACCAGACAGCGGCAGUGGGGCGGGGAAACCUUUCUUGGUUCACCGAACAAUAGCUCGCCAAAUAACUCUCUUAUCGUGUAUCGGGAAAGGAAGAUUUGGGGAAGUCUGGCGCGCUGUCUGCAAUGAAGAGCCUGUUGCUGUCAAGAUUUUUUCUAGUCGUGAUGGGGCCAGUUGGGCUCGCGAAACAAUGAUAUACACUACCGCCCUUCUUUGUCAUCCGAAUAUUCUCGCCUAUUACGCAAGUGACAUGAUUUCCCGUGGCGGAUGCACUCAACUAUGGUUAGUCACCGCCUAUCAUUCUACUGGGUCUCUUCACGAAUUUCUUCAGGCGACUGAACACAUAACCUUGGUUUGUGGCCUCAAAUUCGCUCGAUCGAUCGCGGCAGGGUUAGCAUUUCUUCAUGGAAAGGUUGCUGGAUUUCAUGGGAAACCAUCGAUUGCCCACAGAGACGUCAAAUCCAAGAAUAUCCUCGUCAUGUCUAAUGGAGAGGCAUGCUUAGCAGAUUUUGGUUUAGCCAUUGUAAGGAAGACAAGGGGAGAGUGUGAGGAUGUGAAGGAGCGUGUUGACAGCCCACCCCCUGCGGGCCCAUUUGCGGGCACCAAGCGCUACAUGGCGCCCGAAUUACUUGCUCUUUACCCUUUAGUGUGGGGUAGCUGGGACCGCGAAGACUCUGUGGAAAAAGAGCGGCAAGAAAAAGAAUCUGUAGGAAAUGGGAAGGUGGAUUUAACUAUUCCUGAGGGAAUGACUGAGUGCCGGCAUCUUCUGUUUGCGUUUGAGGUCUAUCAGUCCGCGGAUGUAUAUGCACUUGGGCUUGUGUUGUGGGAGAUUUGGCGGCGCAGUCAAGGGGAACCCUACAAGCUCCCCUUCUAUGAAUACGUACCAAUGGACCCAACGUUUCUUCAGAUGUAUCGCGUAGUUGUUUUGGGCAUCCCGUACAACUCACUGGCCUGCAGCACCACCCCAAGUUACUAUUAUCCAUCUCUUCAACUUUGCCAUCUCUGCAGCUGGCUUGGGAGGCGCAUGCCUAUUCAUGAUGGACGUCAAAACUCUGUAAAUGGAAAGCGCCCAUCCCUCAUCCUCUCGAAAAAUUCUGCACUUACUCAAGAUAGGCUGUUGGAACGCUGGGCAGAAGUAAUUAAAGAGUGUUGGCAUCCUCUUUGGACACAUAGACUGUCUGCCCUACGUGUUCGUAAAACUCUCGAGGCGAUUGAGGCAACCAUGCGAUUAUAA